AACAGCAGGGGCCAAGAAUCCACCAUGGCUGCCCGAGAGAACUCCAGCCCAAGCUGCCUGUACGAUGCCCUGGUGGUGGGGGCAGGGAUCCAGGGCUCCUUUGCCGCCUAUCACUUGGCCAAACGAGGGCAGAAGACCCUCCUUCUGGAGCAGUUCCCUCUGCCCCACACGCGGGGAAGCUCCCACGGACAGAGCCGCAUCAUUCGCAGCGCAUACCCACAGGACUACUACACAGCCAUGAUGAAAGAGGCAUAUCGGCUGUGGGCAGAGCUGGAGGCUGAGGCCAAUACCUCUCUCCAGAGGCCAACCACGAUGCUGAUUCUGGGCCGCCAGGAGACCCCCGCGUUCCAGAGCUACUGGCAGACCAUGCAACGCCACCACGUCCCCAGUGAAGUUUUCACUCCACAAGCCCUGGCCCGGAAGUACCCAGAUAUCCAUCCUCACGGUGGGGUGAUGGCUGUGGCUGACCUGACCGCAGGUGUGCUGUUCCCUGACAAGGCACUGCGAGCUGUCCAGGAUCAAUUCCAGCGCAGUGGAGGGACCCUGCGGGAUGCUGAAAAGGUACUCAGCAUCCUUCCUGGGAAUGUGAUCACUGUAACCACCAACCGAGGAGAGUACCAGGCUAAGCGCCUCGUGGUCACAGCAGGAGCAUGGACCAGCCACCUCCUGGCUCCACUGGGACUGCGGCUGCCUCUCCAGCCUCUGCGCAUCCAGGUCUGCUACUGGCGGGCGAAAGGCCCUAGCGCUCACAGCCAUCUGGAGAAGUUCCCGUGUUUUCUGGGCAUUAACCUCAACCAGGAGGUGCACGACAUCUACGGGUUGCCGUCCGGUGAAUACCCGGGGCUUGUCAAGAUUUGUUACCACCACGGAAGCCCUGUGGACCCUGAUAAACCCGAUCAACUGGACCAGGCCUCUGCGGUGCCCGACCUCCAGAUCCUUCAGAAUUUUGUGAAGAGUUAUCUGCCAGGGCUUGAUCCAGAGCCAGCUGUACAGGAGCGCUGCUUAUAUACAAACACUCCCGAUGCGGAUUUCAUCUUAGAUCGGCACCCGCGGUUUAGGAACAUCGUCAUUGGGGCAGGAUUCUCAGGCCACGGGUUCAAAUUUGCACCAGUCAUUGGAGAAAUUCUUUGCAAGCUGAGCCUGGAGGAGGAGCCCCCUUACAAUCUGGCCCCUUUCCAGAUCAGCCGCUUCCCAGCUUCCCCAAAAGCUGCCCUGUGAACAUCACGAUCAAACAUCACAAACAUGACGAUCAAAAGCCCCGAUGCUGCUUUUAAAAAGUACCUUCUGAACAGGUUUCCUUGUUCUGCUCA